AUAUACACAAGAAGAAGAUAGGCUUUUGUGUCAAAUUUAUAUGGAAAUUUCUCAAGAUCCAAUUAAGGGUGUCUAUCAGUCAUCCGAUCGGCUUUGGUCCCGUGUGCUAGAAGCUUACGAGAAGGAGAAAAAUCCAACGUGGAGUGAACGGUCAACAAAAUCUAUCCAAUGCCGAAUUCAAACUAUCGAGAAAGUAACAAGAAAAUUACAUGCAUGCAUCAAACAAUGUGAGAAUAGACGUCCAAGUGGUGCUUCAAGUGACGAUAUUUUUAAUCAAGCCAAAGUGAUGCUAAUGGAAGAUCAAAGAUAUAAAGGAGGUUGGAAAUUUGAUCAUGUGUGGAACAUUAUUAAGAAUUUUGAAAAGUUUAAAGAUGGUGACACUUCUUCUAGAAAAAUAUCAAACCCACUUAAUUUCGGGUAUAUAUCUUCAGAGUCAGAAAAUCCUACUCCUGAUUCCGCUACACAAGCAUCUCCAGGUUUGUCUUCAUUUUCUUUGAACUUAGAUGGUGAUGAUGACAACAUUGGCGGAUCUCCAUCUCAACAUCCAAUGGGAGUAAAAAAAUCCAAACUGAAAAGAAAAAUUGAUGAUCAAACAUCAAUUAUUAUCAACACUUUGGAAGAAGGAAAUAAACAACUUUUGGAGCAGCUAAAGAAGACAAGUGCUCAAAGACAACAACAUUUGGAGAUUCAAAGUAAGAAUUAUGCUUUGAAAGAACUAAAGGCAGACAACAAAAUGUUACUUCAAGACUUGAAUUCCAUAGAAGAUCCAGAGAUUCGUGCAUAUGUUCAAGCUGAAAAAGCUCGCAUUUUACAAAAAAGAAAUGAAGAAAAACAGAAUCAACAAGCUCCAUCUGGAUCAACCUCAUUUGGGCAAUAUUUUAAUUAUCUUAGUGGAUCUGGAAACGAAUUACCAGAUUAUUAAGUUUUUAAUAU